AUGGCGUCACGCGGUAAUAACAACAUGGUACAAAAUCUUUUAUCCAUUUUCAGGGUACAAAUAGAGAUAGAUGGGCAAUACUGUCUGCUAGAUGAGAGUCUGGCUACCGUUUUUCUUUCAGAAGAUGGUGAUCCGGAGACAAAGAGGGCCAUUAGGGAGGCACUUUCAACUAGUCACAAGAAUUCCACUUCCCUAGAUACAUCAACUUCUUCUGGAGCAUCAACUUCGCGUGUAUUUGAGACCAUCCCUUCUUGCUCAGCGUCAUCAGAAUCUGCAUCAUCUGGCCAUUCUACACCCUCCAGUUCUGACUCGCAGAACACAAUGCAUGUUUGGAAGGAAAGUGAAGAACGAUUUUUACUUGAUUUAAGGCUUCAGAGGGAGGACAAAUUUUCAGGCACAAAAUCUCAUGAUGUUCUUUGGGGAGAAAUAGCAAAUGAAAUGAAAAAAAAUGGCAUACAUGUUUCCAAAACACAACUGAUCAAUAAAUGGAAGGCAUUGAAAAAAAAAUACAAAGAAAUAAAUGAUGAAAAUAACAAAACCGGCAAUAAAAAAUAUUCCUGGAAGUAUUUAGAGCAGUUCAGUGAGGUGUAUGGCAAUAAGGCCUCCACAAAGGUAGCUGUGUCCUUUGACACAGGACGCUCCAGGGAUAAACUUAAAAUCAAUACAGAAUUGGACAAGGAUGAAGAUGUAUCAGCUGCUCCUGAAGAAGAAGAAGAAGAUAAGCAGUCUACAUCAAGUGACACAGGUUCCAAAUCCACAACUCGUGCUAAAACUACGAAAUUAAAAUCAACAAAACGCAAGAUAUCCGAAAGCACCAAAUUAAUUGAGAAUAUCCAGGAACAAAACAGGGAACUUAUGAACUCCAUGAAAACACAACAUGAAGACAAAAUGCGACGCAUUGAUCGAAUGCUCGAAAUGUUGGAAAAGUCUUUGGACAAAUAAUUAACUCCACAAUGUACACAAUUUUAGGUUUUACUUGAAGUAAACACUUCAUGGUUUUGUGCAAAUUGAACUGUACUAAAAUUUUGAUGAACAUCAAACCAUUCA